GCUCCGUUGACGAUGAGCUCUGAUGACACCGAACGGGUGCCGCUCGCGGAACGAAUCGUCACUCCUCUCCAAGACACCUCGGCCCCGCGUGACCGCGAGCCCGACGCAGCAGACCUUGAAAAACUGAGAACUUGGCAGGAGGCGCGUAUUGGGCGCAAGUUACGUGGUGAAUAUGAGUCUGCCCUUCUGCGGCUCGGUGAGCUGGUAGAUGAUAAUUUGGAUGCACGCAUGCGGAUAGCCUCGGUGCGCGUUGAAGGUGCCGGGAAGACACGCCCGUCUUUCCUCCACUGGCUCAUCGAGCCCCACCUUUCAGACGUCCGCACAGACGCCUCGACGCUCAACGAUGUCCUCGGCGUAUCAAAACGCAUAAGUAAUAAACUUCUCGAGUCAGAUGUAUUUUCUAUCGUCGUUCCACGGCUCGAGCAAUCCAGGGGUGAACUCGCUGGACCGGGUGACCUCGAACUAGUUUUGCAUACACGUCCAAAGGGCAAAUAUUUUCUCAAAACAGCAACGGAGAUUGGAGAUCAAGAAGGCUCCGUGAGUGUGCAGGGACGUAUACGGAAUGCAUUUGGCGGUGCGGAGAUUCUGGAGACGACACUUUCAUCUGGUCUGCGAACACGUCUCGCGGGACAUGUCUCGAUUUCUGCCCCUCUUACACCCAGCUUGCGUACACGCGGCGAAUUAUCCGUGUUCGGGAUCGAGAAAGAUUUGACUGCAUAUGCAAGCUGCGUUGAAGGGAUCCGCGGCGUUCGUGCUGCCAUUAAAUCUAUCAAUCGGCAUACAACAAACGAGGUUUCAUACGAAGCUGCGCUGCGGCAUAUUCACGCGCUAACUGAAUCUGCGUCGCUGAGUAUUCGGGAAGCCGCUGGGCAUUCUGUCAAGUCUUCUCUAUCGCAUACUUGGAGUUAUGAUUCGCGCGACGAUAAAGCUAUUCCAUCCCGUGGAGGGUAUUUCCGUACCUAUAAUGAACUGGCUGGGCUCGGUGGCGAUACCGCGUUCCUCAAAUCACAAGCCUCUUUUCAGGUCGCGCGGCGCCUAUUCCCUCACUCCUCGAUAUCUCUCUCAGGUCGAGCAGGAUGCUUGUACAGCCUCGAUCCUGCCAGCCCCCCGCGCUUCAACGACCGGUUUCAACUUGGUGGACCUCUCGAUGUGAGAAUGUUCAAACAGAGUGGCUUGGGUCCUCGAGACGGGUCGAACGCACUUGGUGGUGACUUGUUCUGGGCCGUUGGGCUCAGUGUUAUCUCGGAUUUGCCGAGAAGACCACAAUGGCCUGUGAAGACACAUGUGUUUGUAAAUGCUGGGAGACUUGACACUCUUAAUCGAGACCGGUCAUUAACAGACAACGUCCGCGAUAGCAUCUCAAAGCCCUGUGUCUCUGCCGGAGUGGGCUUACUCUAUCGCCUCGAUCUUGUCCGCGUCGAGGUCAACUUCGGCGUCCCCCUCGUUGCGAACAAAACGGAUGCGCAUAGGCGUGGGUUCCAACUUGGUAUUGGAGUGGAGUUCUUAUAGGCAUUUAAUCAGGCAGUAAAUUGAAAACGGCCUUUUGUUUCUUAAUCACUUGACAUUUCUUGCUAUUAGACGUGCAUACUUAUAGCAGUAGAUUG